AUGGGUGAUACGGGUGACCUCGAAGGAAGUUCCCUAACCCUGCACAAGUAUGUGGAAGAGUUUCCCGGUCUCAUUCACUUCAUAUACGUGGAUCGUACCACUGGCCGCUUCUUGGCUCCUGACAUGGCGGAUUGCGUUGAUAUGUUGACGCCGGAUACGAUCCGCAGUAUAAUGCGUCGUACCAUGUUUGCCCUCCGCGAGGGCUACGGCGCGGCGACAUGGCGCCGCGGGGCCAUCCACGUUUGCGCCGUGAGAUGGUGGGAGAGGAAGGGCCAGCCCCUCCGCCCUGCGCCACAUCCACCCGCUGCCGUUAGAGCCUUGGCGCCACCCGGUGAUAUAUUGGCUACGUUUUACAGGCAACUGAUGGAAUUGGUAUUUCCAAACGACAGCCAAGGUGUAAGUAUAAAAGAGUUAGUUUGUAUUCAUCUUGGCUUACUCCCAGCUUCUACUGCGGUACAGCAGGCACGUCGCCUCGCUCACUCUGUAUAUGAACUCGCGGGAGAAAAUCCAGCAAUAGCUUCCGAUCUGCUCUAA